AUGUCUAAGAAUUUAGCAAGGCAAUUGCAAUUACCAACAGUGAAAGCAUCGAUGCCGGUAAGUGGUAUUGGAGCUAAUACAGUUCGUACCAGUACGGCUGUUGAUGUGCAUGUCGAAUCCAGGGUUGGGCAGUUUGUGUUUGUUGCGACUUGUAUUAUUCUGCCAGCUAUUAAGAUAUAUCCUGUUAAACAUAUUUAUAAAGACAAUCAGGUCGUUUAAAUAAUAAAGCCCCAGGGCAUUUAAAAAAAAAAAAAAAAAGCUAUUAUGUCGAAAUUACCUCCAGUGCGUACCCCGGAUGUGGGCUGGACCAUUCCAAACGAACUGCUGCCAUGUUUGGCAGACCCUCGCUUCCACGAGUCUAAACAAAUUGACUUGCUGAUUGGCGGUGGUGCAUUCUUUGACAUUUUGCAGCCAGAGCGUGUGCAGCUGGAUGUGCGAACAUUAUAUCUUCAAGAUAGCAAGCUAUAGUCUGUCCCAGGAGAGAACGGUCCGCUUGUGCGCAUGUUUUCUCCCUCCACAUUACUUGAUUUCAGCGAAGGCAGCCGAUUGUCAUUUCUUCCGUCGUCGGUUUUUGACUAUACACCGCUAGGAUAUUUUGUAGAAAUUCAAUUGUUAUUAUUGUCAGACAUCGCGCAUCUCACGUUUAUUUACCUUUGCUGUUUUAUAACCUCUUGAUAAUUUUUCAAAUCGUAAACUAUCGUAUAUACAAGCACCUUCUAUAAUAAUCCAGACUUUGUUUUUUUUGUAUACAUGUUUAUUUAUUUAAUAUCUUAUUGAACACUGUAGGUAUGUAACAGAGAUAUAUAUUUAAUAAAUAAUAAAUAAUUAUAUUAAAACAUUUCAUUUUUUUUUUCGUUAAAAUUACAAUUUAUCAUUUUUGUCAUAUUUACAUUUUAUUUUAUUUUUGAUAAAAUUACAAAUUUAUAAUACUAAUUAUUCGUUAAAUUUACAUAAUUUUUUUUCAUUCCGUUGUCCUCUCUUGUUCUGGUUCCGACUCAGAUUCUGACGAUGAUAUGUCACCCGUUAUUGUCAUCACAGUUGCAUUGUAAUUUUCCAUCACCUCUUCUACCACGAAAUCGAUCUCCCAAAAUUUGGGCAAUUGGCAAUUGGCCAUAAACAGUGGACUAUCGACACUCAACAAUUCUCAAACAGCACCACUUCUUCGGUCGCCGUUGCUGCGCUGUCGAUAAAUCCGGGAGGGGAUAAAUGGAUAGUGUUGCGGCGUGGAGAUGCGCAGUAGCGCUUCAACUUGGUCGGAGAACGGACCGUUCUCUCCUGGGACAGACUAUAGGAUGGUUAGUCACAGGCGAAAUGAGCAACACCUGUUUGUUGAGUAUCGGUGAAACAAUGGAAGAAGAUUGGAAGACGAGUCUCAGCAACGAUGAUACCACGUACGGCAAGUCAUCCAAGGCAAACGUAAGUUUCGCGGAAAAGAGCACUUAAGCAUUUUGAAGCUACGGUGAGCCGACAGGUGGAUAGUCGAUUUGUGUUACAGUUGCCUAUUAAGCCUNAAAUUACAGCAGGAUGCAACCUUAAGAGAGGAAUACAAGAAGUUCAUGGAUGAAUACUUACGGAUGGGUCACAUGAGAGAAGUUCAGCAGGAAAUAAUUAUACCUAAGCGUUCAUGCUAUUUACCACAUCACGCAGUGUUCAAGAAGUCAAGUUUAACGACAAAGGUUCGCAUCGUCUUUGACGCAUCAGCAAAGACCUCGUCAGGUCUCUCACUUAAUGAAGUAUUAAUGCGUAGACCGAAAACCCAGGAGGAUAUAGUUUCAAUUUUAACAAGGUUUCGGAAGCAUCAGUACGUGAUUACGUCAGAUAUUGAGAAGAUGAGCAGGCUGAGCAGGAUUGGGAUUUGCAACGAAUACUCUGGCGUGAGAAGAAUGCUAGUGAGAUUCUUCGUACAUAUCAACUGGUCACUGUGACGUAUGGAACUACACCAGCUUCGUUCAUGUCGACGCAAUGUUUGGUGGCAUUGGCACGACAGUCUUCAGACGAGUUUCCCUGUGCAUCAAAUGCUAUUGCCAGGGACUUCUACAUGGAUGAUCUGAUGACAGGUGGUGAGACUCAAGAAGAAUGUAUUCGUCUCUAUCAUGAAAUAACGGAGAUUUUAAAUUCAGCGAGGUUGCCUUUACGUAAGUGGUGUUCGAAUUCAGCCUUGGUGUUGGAGCAUAUUGGUAAGGAUGUGAGGGACCCGCUGUUCACAUUGGAAUUAGGGGACGAAGAGAUGGUCAAGUCUCUCGGGUUGUGCUGGAAGCCGGUGCCUGACGAGUUUACGUUUACUGUCACGCCCAUGCCGAUUCGUUCAAGGCUGACCAAAAGAGCACUGCUAUCCAAUCUCAACAAGGUGUUUGAUCCAUUGGGCCUUGUUUCUCCGAUUCUCUUAAAAGGAAAAAUAUUCUUACAGCAGAUAUGGGCUAUGAAGACGGAUUGUGAUAGUCUUCUAUCUAAGGACAUCCAGGAGCGAUGGAGGUUAUUUGUUCAGGAUUUGGAGCUGCUACAAAAUGUACUCGUUCCAAGGAAGGCGCUCCCAGAAGCAGGUGAGGAGAUACAGAUACAUGGUUUUAGUGACGCUUCUCAAGAGGCUUAUGGAGCUUGCAUUUACGUACGAUCCAGAAGCAAGGGUGAUAGUUGGCAUGUAAGACUCCUAUGUUCAAAGACCAGGGUAGCUCCACUAUAA